AUGAGAAGGUAUUACCUGUUGGCAGCCCCUAAGUUGUGGAACUCCCUCCCCACAGAGAUGUGUCUGGCACAAAAGAUUCUGAAGAUCUUCCCCCAAGAGAGUGAGCCAGUCUGGGCACUCAACAUCAAGCGUGGCAUCCUGAGUGCUCUUCAGACAUCCUUGGUGGCAACUACCAAUGGCAGCGUGGAAGAGGUGGAUGUCCUGGGGAAAUGCCCAACCAGAUAUCAGCAGAAAGGGCCUCUCCUUUUGAAGACAAAAGAUUUAAACCUGUGUUCUCACCGGUUUUCUGGAUUUACUUCUCUGAGGUCUGUUGCUUUGCCCAAUGCACCACAGCUGCUCCUAUCAUCCAAGCUUGAGUGUGUUCAGAAGUUCGAGGAGGGAAUCCUGGAAGAAUCCCAAUGUAUAGAGUCUCAUCUCACUACUUCUCCUGGGAGGAAGGGCAGCGGAGUGAAGACCCAGACUCGGAUGGCAAUGAAACUGUUCCAAACGGAAGCUGAAAUCACAGCACAUGAAAACAUCAAGGAUAUCUACGAGAGCAGCCUGUUAUAUGAAAGAGAAAAAACAGCACGUUGGCUGGGAAAGGAGGAUGAGGUGGUGGUGGUCUCCGAAAUACUACAGAAGCUCUGUAUGAAUCCUAGAGUGGAUUCCGAGUCUGCCAACCUGUUCAUGGCAUUGGUGUUUGAACUUCGGCUUCUCUCUGCUGGUGCCUUGCUGAGCCUGUGGCAGGAAUCUUCAUCAAAGUGUCAAGGCAACUGGCAACCUCUAGUGGACGCUCUCCCCUCUUGCGCCACCGAAGCCUGUGUGGUCCUGAUGAAAGAGAUGAUCGUCUCUGAAGAAGUAGACGAGGACAAGAUGGAAUCAUUCCUUUGGUCCCUCUCCUUCAUCCCUGAGCCUACUGCAGGCAUGAUUGAUGCUCUGGCUCCUGUGCUACAGUCACCACAAAGGAGACAGAGUGCCUUUUUAGGAAUAACUGCCCUGGUAAAUCAUUUCUGCUCCAUGAGAAAUGACUGUGACCAUGAGCCUGCCGUUGGGGGCAUUAUGAGGAUUCUGGAGGGACACCUGGGAAGAAAAUGUGCCUUGCAUGAGUCAGUAGGUAUCAGCCAGGUGGAACUAAUUUUAAAAGCAAUUGGAAAUGCAGGGCUUGCAGCAGCAAGUCUUGUGCCCGUCCUGAGUUCCUGUGCGAUGCUGAAAAGCAACCCUACAGAAAUCCGACUGGCUGCCAUAGAGGCCUUCCGGCGUGUUCCUUGUGCAGCCAACCAUGCUACAUUAGUCCGUCUGUAUCAAGCCUACAAUGAGGAUGUAGAAAUACGAAUAGCUUCUUAUCUCAUGGCCAUGAAAUGUCCAAGUGAAGAAUUAUUUCACCAAGUUAAAUGGACUUUGCAGGAGGAGAAAUCCAGCCAAGUGGGUUCGUUUGUCUGGCGUCACCUCUCUGAACUUCUGGAAACAGAUGACCCACUGAAGCAACACCUUAAAAAUUCUCUUCCUCAUGACAUCAUUGACAAAGAAUUUGAGGGGGAGACAUGGAAGUUUUCUUCAUAUUCAGAUGUUACCUUCCACUCGGCAGCAGCGAGCACAAAUGUGGAGGCCCAGCUCAUCUUUUCACCAGCGUCUUUCAUCCCACGCUCAAUAGCAAUGAAUUUCACCAUCCAUGCACUGGGACGAGCUAUCAAUCUCCUGGAGAUCGGCAUACGGUUAGGGAACAUGGAAGAUAUCGUGCAAAAGUUAUUUGGCUUCCAUGCAGAUGAAGAUGCCAAAGGAAGAGUCCGCAAGGCAGAACCUCCCAUUGAGACAGGACAUAAGACUUCUCCGAAUAAACCAACAUUUGAGAGAAAUGAUCCAUCGUCUAAAGAAAGAAAGCCCAGCGCAAGGAAGGAAAAGCAGAAGUGCCCAAGUGGGCAGUACAAUAAGAUGGGCGAGUUAGCCAAAAAGUUCACCAAAAGGAUGGGAAAGAAGAAGAAACCAAAAUGUAGUCUGAGCAUAAAAGUCUUUGGGAAUGAGCUUGCUGUUUUGGACUGCGGGGAUCUGAGAAGUCAAGCAAAACUCUGUUACCUGAACCUUGCGGAACUAGUGGUAAAACUGCUAAAGGGUCAAGAAGUCCAGUUCAAUAAGAGGUUGAGUUUGGCCACAGAGGAACUGCUGUUCCCAGCAAUCUCAGGUUUGCCCAUCCUCCUGGCUUUAAAUGCCUCAGCAGCAGUCAGUGCAGCAAUCCAAGGCAAUAUGGACUUUAGACAACGGAGCAAUUUUUUCGUCAAUGGCUAUAUCAAACCAAGUGCUGUCUUUCAGAUUUCUGCCCAAAUGGGAACUGUGGGAGCUCUGGGGAAAACUGGCUUGAGCUGGUCAACUGGAUUAAGGUCAUCAGCCAGCCUUGAUGGAGGGAUCCAAGUGAAAAAGGGGAAAGAGGUUAAGGUUUUUCUGAACACUCCCGAAGAAUCUAUGGAGAUGGUUUAUUUCAGCUCUGAACUGUAUGCAAUGACCGUGGAUGAAAUGGAAACUGCUCACGGUUUCCCAAGCCAUAGUGAGACUAGAUCAUGCACAAGUGAGGAAGCGUCGAAGGCAUUGGGCUGGCAACUGUGCUCCCAGAUCUCUACCCCUGACGAUGAGACCGGCGGUUUCAUUCUUCCGUUUCCCGGACCGGCCAAAUUCGCCAUAACGUUAAAGAAGCAAGACCGAAGCCUGUACCAGUACUUAAUGAAAGCUGCAUAUAAUUAUAUUUCUCAGAAGGGUUCCUGGAUCCCAAGUGAAGCUGGCCUGCAUUUCUUUAUAGGGACUCCAAAAUCAGAGUUGAAAAGGGAGAUUGCUAUCAACUUCCAUUUGAAUAUCCCCCAAAAGAAAUUCAGAAUUGAAUUUAUCCACCCCAAGAAAAAAAUGCAAGUGAAUGGAAACAUUGAAGCCUCUAGAAAUUCACGUGUGGGGCAUCUGGAACUGAUAGUUGAUGAUGACAACAUCUACUACAUUAAGGGAAGGGCAGAUCUGCACACGGCAGCUGCAGAGCAGAGGUACACAAGCCACCUGGAAGCAAAGUUGCUGAGAGAUGGGAGCCCCAUAGUCCUUUCAGGAAAUCUCACAAAACAGCAUGGGAAGAAGAUGGCGUUUUCAGUAUCCUUAAUUAAUCUACUGAAGGAUUCGGCUUUCCUUUCAGUUUGUAUGGAGAAGAAAGCAGAUGAUAAGCUGAAGCAGUAUUCACUGGAGGGAGAAACCCACAUUCCAGGGGUUCUUGGAUCUCACAUCGUUGCUCUUCUGCAACAACGAGGGGACAUCUGGUCCAGCGCCCUGAGAGUUAAAUAUGGAUUGUUUGGAGCUGCAAAAAGCCUUCAGCAUGAAUGUACCACGGGCCAGAAGCUGAAAGUGGAGAAUGUCCCAAAGGAUGCUUACAGACUAGAUUUGGAGCAUGAGCUCCAUUGCACUCAGAUUCUAGCCUACAACCACAAGGUCGAUCUACGUCACGAAGAAACUGUCUCUCGCCUGCAUUCCCGGCUAGAGCUGAACUAUGGAAAACACUGGGACGAAAUCAACAACAAGCGGAGAGUGAUAGUCAGCCAGAUGUUUACAAAUAGUUCUCGUCCAGCUCUGACUAGCUAUUUCAUGGAGUUCACCGUUCAAGUGCCCGAAAAGCAAGUGGAUUACAGAACUCAGCUCCAGCACUCCUGUUCCAUACAGAGUUCCACAGAAAUAAGCACCCACUUCAAAGUGCACUAUAACAACCGCAUCCCUUUUGUGGUGGGGCUGCAGUGGAAAGAGACAUCAAGGCAUUCUCUGAAGAAAUGGGAAGGUACGUUCAACAUGGACACACCCUGGCUGUACCUGUUUGCCGCUCACAAGCUACACCAGCCCCAGCAUUCGGCUUAUUUAGCAACCAUUGAAUUAACCGCUGGGAAGGCCUUUGUGGUCAAGGGCCUGCUUGUGGAGGUCUUCUGCAAGGACAGAGAUGACAAGAAGGAAGGGAGAAUUCUGAUCCACACGCCAACCGCCACCUACUUGCAGGCAUCUACUGUCAACUACUUUGCAAGCGGGUUUCUGCACAGCCAGAGUGAAGUGGUGUCUCUGUGGAACCAGCUCAUAAAGAAUGAGAUUCGCCUGGAAAAUAACGAAAAGACAAAGUUUCUCCAUUUCUGUAUAAAGUCUGCAAAGCAAGAAUUCAAUAUGACGAUGGCUUACUUUCACCUGGAGGUGCCUAGGAAGGCAAACGUUUCUGUGCAGGUUUUGUGGGCGGAUCACAAGACUCCGCCACCGCUUGAGCUGCAGUUUGAGGCACAGAUAGAAGAAGUCAAGAAGGAGAAAAUGCUCUACCAAAAACGUGGGACUGUCCUGUUCAGGCACCCGUUUAAACUGCCCAUCCCGCAAAGCUUUCUCCUCCAGGAAACCUUCACUCUGAACAAAAAGGAGAAGCAUUAUUUCUUGGAAACUAAAGUUUUGAUCAACGGGCUUGAAGAGUCUGUUCAAACUCUCACACUCAGCUACCAAGCUCAAAAUCCGCAUGUUUGUGCUGGAUUGACGCAUCCAUACAACAACAAGUUCUUUCCCCAAAAUAUAGAGGUUUGCGCCAUAACACGAAAUCUCAGCUGUGUGAAACGGGAGAUCGAAGUGACACUAAAGGUCAACAGGAAAGAGGCUCUCAGUUUCCUGGGCAAAUACCAGAACCAAUCUAGCAUGGCUGAUUCCCAACACCUGGUACAACUGGAUAUGACACAUGCAUUCCAGCUCAAGUUUCCACAGUCGGUUGCUAUGAGGGGGGAGCUCUUUUCAAGAGAAGCCAGGCUGGCUGAUUUUGCAUCUGGUGUGACAAUAACAGCUACUAUCGACCAACAGGAUACUUCGCAGUUUACAGCUUGGCUGAAUGGAACCAAGACUGGGUUUGGAAUUUAUUCACAAUUUUCUCACUUGAAUCAAUCAAACUUUCCUCCAAGUUUUCAGGCCCACGUCACCACCAACCGAUACAGCAGGAAUGGUCUCAAUGGAUCCUUUUGCCUUCACUCCGGCAGAAAGGAUCUUGUGUUGCUGGAGGCGGACUUCAAUGGUGAGAUGAGGAAGGAUGCCGGAAGCAUCAGAGUGAGCGCUAUCCUAAGACAGGCAGUUCUGACGCAGUUCAGAUAUGUGUGGCUGCAGUUCAAUGGCAAGAUGUCGCCAACCAGAGCUAUGCUGUCUUCUGCAGUGAAGCUGAAUCACAAUGCCUUUCACCUGGGCGUUGUGGGAUCCAAGGAGCAGAAAGUGGGUCUGGUGCUGACCCUCCAUGGAAGUCUCCGGCACAAUGUUCUCAGCUUAAAGCACGUCAUACCCCAGGACCUUUCCCUGGACGGCUCUCUCAAGCACAAAAACAACAUCCGUGAAGGCAUCAUGAACAUCGUGGUUAACCAGUCGGUGUUUGGAGCGCACAUCCGGAACAGAAACGUGUUUGGAAACGAGAGUUUUCAUAACAUCGCAGUGGCUGUGACUCAGAAUGGUAGCUGGGCUUUCCCAAGAGAGGCAAAGCUCCGAGGGCAACUCGAGCUCAGAAGAGGAAUCCAGAGGGGUUUGGCCAGUAUCCAGGUGGACACGAGAGCUCUCCAUCUUAAUAUCUCAAAUAUCAUAAAUCUGGAGCAUCUUGGAGCCUCAGGGAUGCCCGCCCACAACAUUAGUAAUUUCUAUACCACAGAAAGUAGCAUCCUGGCCACAUAUGGCCACAUCAGUACGAACAGCACAGUAACUCUGAAGCUGCAAGGCGGUAGUAGAAAGACGGCUGCAGCAGUUGGAGCUGAGCAGCGGCCCUCGGAAACCCUUCAAGCCCAGAUCAUUGCAAACUUCAGCCACAACAUUCCAGAGCUGAAGAAUCAUGGGAUCCCUUUCAGCAUAGAGUCUACCUGCCAUUACCAAAAUUUCAGCGAGAAGAUGGCAAUGAGAGUGACAGCCCAGGCUGGUGAAGAAGAACUCAAGAUUGAAUGGGAGAAGCAAGGCACCAAAAGCACUGCAGGGUUUUCCCUUUUUCUUUACCAUGAUGUGGGACUCUUGAUUCACACCAUUCCACCAUUAGUACGGGCACCGACGAGAGUUUUGCUCAGCGGAUCGGUGGGGACUGUCAACUGCACAGCCGACGUGAUUGGAGAGGUCGUUUCCAACGCCACCUUUGCUCAGUUCCGUAUCCAUGCUGCCUACAACCCUGAGCACAGUUUGGAAAUCGGCCUCAGGCACGCCUGGCCUUACCUCAGCUCACUGGGUCUUGCCCAGGAGAACAGGAUAAAAGCAGCUGCCGUGAAAGGGGACGAGUACAAAGGCCUUCUGGAAGCCACUCUUGGGAAAUGCAAGUUAACAGGCAAUGGAGAAGUGAAUACAGAGGGUGAAGUCACAGCCGCAGAAUGGAAAGUUAUUCUUCUAAAUAAAUGUGGCCUUCUGGAGAAAAUGGAUUUACCCCAGAAACUAGUCUCCAGGGGUUCGUUCCUCAUGAACAUCUACAAUGUCAGUUUAGCAACACACUUCUGGUGUGAUGGCAAAACAGCUGAUGUGCAGCUGGAGGUGUCUUCUGUAGACAAAUAUACAGUGCAAGGAUCGCUGGGUCACUCUUUCCCCUACCUCUACGAUCUAGGGCUGCCUCCGGACAACUCACUCCACCUCUCCAUGACAAAUGGCUCCAUCCUCAACGGACUUCUCUUGCUGCACAACGGAAAGUGCAAGCUUGAAGCACAAGGAGAAAUCAGACCCCGAAACCAGACCGAAUGGGCCCUAGAGAUGAAAACAGAUUGUACAGUUUUGCAGGUCAUUGUGGGGAAACAGAUCAGGCAUGACAUUAGCUUGGACCUUGAGUCAAACCCUUGUGAACUCCAAGCCAAUUUGGCCUUUCAUGCAGAAAACCAAUUCCAACGGCAAAGAUCAGUAGAGAACAAAGCAAUACAGGAUCUUGGAGUCCCGAUGAAAAUAGAUGGGUCAGGGCAUGUUUUAAUCAAUAAAACGUACCUGGAUUCUGAAGUAUUGUUUACUGCAGGUGAAAAUAGUUUACAUGGAUUCCUCGUUUUAAAAGCAGUGGCUACCAGACAAGAGCUGCAUGCGUUGCUGACCCAUAAUAUCAAAAGCAGCCUUUGUUUGGGCAUACCUGCCAGGACGGUAGUGGAUUUAAUUUCAGAAAAGAAUGGCACCAUUUGUAAGAGGUCGCUUCAGUUCAGCGUGGACGGCAAGCAGAUUGCAGAGGAACUGAGCUUUACACAGAAGUUGGACCACAUCUCUCUUGACUACAGGCUCACACAUAAUCUAGAAACUUUGCAAGCACUGUGGAUAGAAGACAGGAUAGAGUUGCAGGCUGUGGCUGGGCUGGUGGAUGUUAAGAACUUGAGAGUGAAGAUUCAGUAUGGUUCAUGCUGGUUAAUUGUUAGAGGGCAAGUACAAGCGGUUGAAAGGAGGAUCAAUUUAACGGGGAACUUUAAUCACAAAUGGCCUUGGUUGCUACGCUCGUAUAUCCCAGAAACCAUCCAGCUAACGUUCCUCGAGAUCCUUUCUGAAAACAAGACAGAAGCAUCCCUGAAGCUGGCUUGUGACCCAAACCUGAAUCUCUUCUUUGUUUUCAGGGCUAGAAAUAAGUUGCGAAGUGAAGAAUUGCAUAUCAGAUGUCUCCAGAACCUGCCAUUUCUCCUUCAGUAUUUCCCCAGCACGGCUGAAGUUUCCUCAAAGAUAAAUUAUUCUACCAAAGAAGCAGAAGGAAAAAUUUCCAUCCAGAUGGAAAAGAAGGAUUUCCUUGUUUUGACAAAGUUAGCAUUUACUGGGAGGAACCACACACAAGUCCUUGAACUGAUGCACAGUGUACCCCAGUUAGCAAUCAUUCCAAGGCGACUUGUUCUCACAACAGCGUACCAAAAAAGCAAGAGAACCCAAGCUUUGAGAUGUGUUGCAUUAUGGGAUGGCAAAGAAGCAAAACUCGCAGGAAGCUACACUGGAGUCUUCCCAAAGAUAUAUGGAGGUCAUGAAGUACAGGUGGAGAUCUGCCAUCCUCUCUCGAUCCCUUUUCCUCAGCACUCCACGCUCCGCUUGCAUGUGGAGCACUCUGGACGUAGCCACAGAGACAACGUCGUCAUUGGUUGGGACGCAAAGGAACAGGUCGCUGUGUCUUCUUCUCUCAAGUUUGGAAAAGAGCGUGUCUAUUACAACGCUGCUGUGGCUCACCCUUUUAACUUCACCAUGAAUCACGUGGAGGUUAGAUCUCUCACUGAAAGCAGAAGAGGCACCUACAACCAGCAGGUGUGGCUGGCUUGGGACGAUGGGCAACCCGCCCACUUGAAAUUUACAUUUGGAGACAAGUCCCAGACCAACACCACACUUUGGGAUGCUUGUAUCACAGCUUCCUUUAGCCAGCUUCAGAAUGUUCUAAGCCUUGCAAGUCUCCAGGCCUGCGGGUCCCUAGAGCAGACGGCAGCCUUGUUGAGUCAGCACUUUGACCUGAAGUGGGAUGGCAAAAAAAUUGUGCAGAAUCUGACAUACGAGAAAAGCAAGUCAUGGCACCUGGAUAAAAUUCAAGUGGAAGCCGUUUUGGAAAACAUCUUUUCGACUCCAUGUUCCAGUCAGCAUAUCUUGGGGGAAAUUGAAACGGACUACUCAGCUUGGCUUCGUCAUUUUGCGAGCCUCAGAAUCUGUGAUCUCCCGGAGGCAAUUGCACUCUCUGGGAAACACCAGCUAAACAAGGGAGGUUUUCUCUGGCGAUCAGAAGGCAAACUCAGCCUUGCUGGUGGCGAGGGGUCCAUCACGGCUGCCUUAAGAAAUCGUAGCACAGCUGAAGAGAAGAGCUAUUCGACAGAGUUUUCACUCAAAGCAUCUGAUGCCAUUUGGCUGGGUGUGGUGGGGAGUGUGGCUUCCUCAGCUGGUCAAAGUCAAGUCCUGGUGGAGGCAAAGAUUGACCCAAAAGAGGCGGUGAAAUUAGCAGCUUCCAAAGGAAAAGGAUGCCUUCAAUGUUACAUGGGAUACCUGAAAGAGGAUGGUGAGGAUGGGCUGGAGCUCGAGGCUUGCACAGAUGGCCAACAGCAUGCCGCUUUCAAUGCCUACUUUGUCGUUAACAGAGAGAGACGAGAGGAAGUGGGGCACUUGGCUCUUGAAGCCUCCAACCAGAGCUUGAGCUUCAAGGCCCAUGGAUGUGGAGGUCCAGUUGCUAAAACAGAGUCAAAACUGAAUAAGAUCGCAUCCGAUCUUCAGCACAGGCUGGCGGCAAAGGUCAAGGACCUGGAAGGAUGCCUCCAGGAUUUCAGGAAAUCGGUGCAGCAUGUUGACUUUCUCUAUGAUGCUGUUGGAUGGCUUUUAAAAACUUCCCAGGAAGUAGCAGGAAUCCUCCAAAACAAAAUGAGAGGAGUCAUCCAAUUGUGGAAACAGAGCGGAGUCAAGCAAGCACUACAGAACAGCCUCCCACUUUACCUGGGCAAACUUCAAGUCAUCAUACAACAAAUGCAGAUGGAGCUGCAAAAGCCGUUGACAACACUGAAGGAUGCCUAUUACGAUGUGACGUUGAAACCUUUGGACGAGGUGUGGCAACAGAGGACGGAGGAUUAUCUGAAGAAACUCCAGGCUUUUGUUCCCACGCUGGUGAAGGAUGUGUGGCUGAUGGAGCCAAUCCAGGUUUCCCUGAGAAUGUUGAAAACCGCCUUGGAUAUGGCAACACAACAGAUGCUAAGCUGGGCAGAAGCCAAAUUUUCCAGAGCAGUGAGCAAGCUUCAGAAACCUUUAUCGAGCCUCUACAGUUUUUCAGCCAGAAACUGCUCUGUGGAAGUGAGGUUGCCAAUGAAGCCUAAAGGAGAACCCACGCUGGACCUGGCAAACAUCACAAACUAUCUCAUUGAAGAGAAACUUAUGAAGCCCUUCCGAAGGCUGUACAGCAUCAACCCAGCUGCGGAAUAUUACCGAUUCAAGCAAAGAAUUAUGGAGAGCCCAUUUGAGCAUCAUGCCUUGUUGAUGGGGAAUAAGCACCUGAGGACAUUCGAUGGGAAAAUAUACAGUUUGGCCUCCAAAUGCAGUCUCCUCCUGGCCAAGGAUUUCGUUCAUGAUGCAUUUACUAUAAUAUUAAAUCUGACCAGCAGUGGCAGAUGGUCGCUGCACAUCAGCACGAAUGGUACCACUGUUGUUAUCUACCCAGAACAGAAGAUCUACAAGAAGUACAACUAUUCCCUGUCAGAAGAGAACUGCCAGCAUUUUGACAUCCCUCCUGAAGAAAACGGCCUCGCAAUCCAAAGAUAUUCUGAUCUUGUAGAAGUGUCUGUGGCCAAUGGGGCUUUGUUUUCAUGUGAUCUUCGCUAUGACAUCUGUACCCUUACUUUGGAUGGAUGGCAUCAUGGCGUGUCUGCUGGCCUUUUUGGUACCAAUGACAACGAAGCGGGCAAUGAAUGGAUGCUUCCAGACCAUUCUUAUGCUGGCAGCGCGCAGGAGCUCGCGCAUGCAUGGCAGGUGAGCGACCAGUGCAGCCAGAUGAAGAGGACCCUCAAGCCGUGUCUCGGUUCAUCUAGCCCGGAGAUCUGCAAAGCUUUCUUCCUGGAUGCCGAUUCCCUCUUCAGGAACUGCUUCAGAGUAGUGGAUCCAGAACCAUUCUAUGUCCUGUGCAAAACUGACAUGUGUGAACUUCAGAAUGUAAAAGCGGCUUGCACCUUGGCUGCGGCAUUUGUGAACUUGUGCAGCAGAAAUUUUAUUCCCUUGCAGAUGCCGCUUCAAUGUGACCUGAGGCUGAAAGACAGCAGCUUGCCUAAGACUGUGCAAUGAGCCCAUGGUAGAGGCAGAGACUUGCACUCGCGUCUCCCAGAUCUCAAGGCCGACUCUCUAAUGGAGGACCGACCACAGACUGGCUCUUGAUGUACUUAAUCUGUUUGGAAGGCCCAGCCUGCCAGCCAGCCACUACAUGCCUUUAGUGAAGAAACUCGGGAAAUAGUUAGACCUGUCUACCUUGCAGAUAGUUUCUGAUUCUACUUUGUUCUGAAGAAGGCGGAAAUGUACCUUUCUGUGCCCAAAACAA